UCAGACAUAAACGUUGUAGACAUCACCGGGCAUACACCCUUGCACUGGGCCAGCAACGGCGGGUUUGAAGAAAGCAUUUCGACUCUUUUGCAGCGCGGUGCGGAUAUGAUGAUUCGAGGUAGUGACGGAGUAGGACCAUUACAUUGUGCAGCGAGGUCUGGUAAAGCUACGGUCGUCGAACAGUUGCUGGACGCAGGAGCCAGCCAGGCAAUCUAUGAUCAUUUGCGACAAACACCACUGCAUUGGGCAGCUUACUAUGGGAAUGAGGAGGCGGUGGGUCUACUUCUGCACAGAGUGGCAUCCAUCGACGUAAGAGACGACUAUGAAAGAACUCCUUUACACCUUGCAGCGAUCACGGGUUCUCUUGGAGUUGUCCAGAGGCUAGUAAAAGACUCCGAUAUGAGUCUUGAAGAUCAAGAUGAAAAGUCAGCGCUGCAUUUGGCGGCCCGUGAGGGCCACGAGGCGGUUUUUCGCCUCCUACUCGAAUAUCAUGUGGACAAAGACGCGAAAUAUCACAUCGGGCGGACAGCGCUGCAUUUGGCGGCGCAUGAGGGCCACGAAGCGGUUGUUCGCCUCCUACUUGAUCAUAGUGCCGGCGAGAAUGACGCGGAGGACUAUGAGGGA